ACUGUCUAUAUGUCUAAUGCUAAUCUCACUCCUCUCUCUCUCCUGUCUUCUUGACCCAACAACUCUUCUUCUUCUCUUAAAUUAAUCGCCCCAGACCAUCCAUCCAACACCCCCUCCCUUCCCCUCUUAAUCUCCGCGCCUAUUCUAUUUGUAUUACUAUUACUCCUAUAUUACUUCCCCGGCAAUUAACGCCUCCGCCAUCUCUCUCUCUCUCUCUCUCUCCCUCCAAUCUUCUCCUUCUCCAACCUUCUACUGCAAUUUUCUGAACCGACCCUUCAUGCUUCAUAACAUAACUUGAGUCGUCCUCGUCUUUUUUGCUUCGCACUUGAUCAUGCCCUGAUCAAAUUCCCGAGUACAUGUACUCCUCCAUUGAUUUGCUGACCCACUUUUUCCCCCGGUACCACGAGUUGGCUGCCUGCUUUUGUUCAGAUUCCCCCCCCUCCCCCCGGCCGGGCCCCGGGGGCGAAAGCUAAACUUUGAUUUACUAGGGGAGAUCCCCCACCCAAAAGGCAAAACUAUUCUGCAUUCUCAAUUCCUCGGCGCGCAGCUCUGGUCCAAUCAAGCAGCAAAUAAUGUUGACUUGUAUAGCUUGCUCUAACCAACACCUCAAUGCCGCAUCUCUUCCCCAACCCCAGCAUGAUGAUGACGACGACGCCGCCGCCGCCGCUAUUUCCACUCCCUCCACUAGACAAGCCAUCAAAGCCCUCACUUCUCAAAUCAAGGACAUUGCAAUAAAGGCUUCGGGUGCGUACAAGAACUGCAAGCCCUGUUCUGGCUCUUCCAACCACCACAAUAACCGCGGGGAUGCCUGCGCCGAUUCCGAACCCGGCUCUGUCUCCGGCCGCUAUCACUUCUCCUACGCUAGAGCAGCUGCUGCUGCUGGUAGCUCCAAUUCUACGCCUAGGCGGCCCUGGGGGAGGGAAAUGGAAUCCAGAUUGAAAGUGCUUUCCAGCGGCGAAACCACGCCCGCCUCCGUCAGCGGCCGGACCGAGUCGGCCGUGUUUAUGGAAGAAGACGAGCCCAAGGAAUGGGUCGCUCAGGUCGAGCCUGGCGUCCUUAUCACAUUUGUUUCGCUUCCUCAAGGAGGGAAUGAUCUCAAACGAAUUCGCUUCAGUCGUGAGAUGUUUAACAAAUGGCAAGCUCAACGAUGGUGGGCGGAGAACUAUGACAAGGUAAUGGAGCUAUACAAUGUCCAGAAGUUCAAUCAGCAAGCAGUACCGCUGCCAACUCCACCAAGAUCUGAAGAUGAGAUCUCAAAAAUGGAAUCUGCUGAAGACAGCCCUGCAACACCACCACUAAACAAAGAACGCUUACCCAGAAAUUUCCACCGUGCACUUGGGAUGGGCCAUUAUUCGUCAGAUUCACUUGAAAACCACCCUAUGCAUCCUCGUACUUACUACGAGUCAGCGGGGCUUACUUCAACCCCAAAACUUUCAAGCAUCAGUGCUGCAAGAACUGAGACAUCAUCCAUCGAUGCUUCUGCACGGAGUAGUUUAUCUAGAGAAGCUGACUGCUCGGGAGAGCUCUCAGUUAGCAAUGCCAGUGAUAUGGAAUCCGAGUGGGUUGAGCAAGAUGAGCCUGGGGUUUACAUAACAAUCAGGGCCUUGCCAGGUGGAAACAGAGAACUUAGACGGGUCCGAUUUAGCCGAGAAAGAUUUGGAGAAAUGCAGGCAAGAUUGUGGUGGGAAGCAAAUAGAGCCAGGAUUCAAGAACAAUACUUGUAAUUUAGCAAUAAACCUCGAGGGCAGACAAUUACAUUCUUCUACUGCUUGGUCGUCAAAUCUAUCUACAAAUUGCUAUAUAUGUGAUGCUGCCACUUCAAUUAGGUUUGUUAUGUGUCUAUGCGAUUGGAUUUCUCUUCACCGGCUGUUUUUUUUUUUUUCUUUUUCCCCUCCUCUGCGCUACUUUUAAUUUCAUUGGUUUAUGUAAUGAUUGAAGUGGUGGUUGGUUUAUAGAAGCCAAUGUGUAUAAUGAGAAAAUGUGGUUUAGAAGUCGACUCAUA